GUACUCGUGAAUAAUAGAUAACUUCCUGUUUUGAAAGGUGAAAUUCUUGUAUACUGAUGAAUGUUUGGACAUUUGUGAAUGAACAUGAACGGAAUACCUGGGGGUAUGAUGACUAAUUAAGUCAAACUGGUGUUUAAACAUAUUGAUUAUAAAGUAUUGAUGUUUUGAAAAGGAUAUGUAUAAAUAAGCUUUUGAAACUAGAGUGCCAAAAAUGUAAAAUUUGUAUGUGAAAAUGACUGUUGCUGUGACAACAAGUUUGUUGUCCCAGUCGACUGCUGUAGCUGUUGGUGGUUUGGUUUCCUGUAUUGUACUGUUUGUACUGGUUCUACUUUGUGUUUGUGGAGACAGUGACAAAAGGAAAGAAGAUGAAAUAGCAGAUAUUGGCAAAAGUGUAGGUGGUACUUUUAUAAAAAAUGAAUCGUUGGACCCACACAGUGUAGUUAUAAAUGUUGAGAAUGAGGUACAGCCAGUAGAGAAUGGUCAUUUACCACCAGAACCUGGGUCAAGAAGCUCCUACAGAAGUUCUGGGUCUUCACCUCAGCCUGGUGGACAAAGGGAAUUGCCAGCGCCACCUACAUCCUCUUUAAAUUCAUCCCUCAAAACACCAGAAGAUGAUGAGGAGGAAGAUGCAGAUUAUGAUCAUCUUACUACAUCUAAAAGUUCAGCAAAGCGUGCCUCAAAUUAUGACCACAUUAAGAUGUCUGCCGAGGGAAAAGUUCUAGUAGAAGAACAUAAAACCCCAGAACAUUUUUACAGUGAAGUGAAAUCCAAGAAAGAGAAAGCCAAUGUGAUAAUUGAUCGGCCAUUAUCUAGUGCUAAUACAUGUGCUGAAGAUGAAGAAGGAGAUUAUGAUACUCUAAAUGAAGGAAGUGAUGGCUCAAUGGCUGAGGUCAAAAGAGUGUCAGUUGUUAAGGUUAAAUUGGUUGAGGAUCCAUAUGCAAAAUUGAAAGAAGAAGGUUCUGGUGGAAGCUUUACUGACAUUGAUCCUUAUUCAAAGGUCAAGGACGAUCCUUACUCAAAGUUUAAAGAUGACUUUGAAUCAGAUUCAGGUCAAAGUUUUAAUCCAUAUUCCAAAGUAAAGGAUGACCCUUAUUCCAAAGUUAAAGAGGAUCCUUAUUCCAAAGUAAAAGACGAUCCUUAUUCAAAAGUAAAGGAUGACCCUCAAUAUUCUGGAGUCAAAGAUUAUGACCCCUAUAAUAGGGUUGAUGAUGAUAUAGAUUCACUAGCCAAUAGUCAGAUUGAGGAUCCGUAUAAUAAAGUGAAUGAAAAAGACAUGGAAAGUGGUGCUUCAGGAACAUCUACAGUUAUUGAUGCAUAUGCAUCAGUGGAACCAAGGUCUACAAGAACUAAUCAAGUCACAAGAAUAAAUGUUACAAAAAGUGCAAAUAUAUCACACGAUGGAACAGAGUUUAAUGUUGUGGAAAAUACAACAAAUGAAUAUGCUGUGGUGAUGAAGUCGAGGUCUGACACAACACCCACACCUACUUCACAACAUCCAUUUACUUUCCAGUCCCAGGAAACUGAUCCUUACAUGUUACCACCAGAACCUCCAAGAAGAUAUAAUGAGUAUGCUGAGCCUGAUGAUGCUAUACUUGGAGGAGCAGGGUCACAAAGGUCAUCAGUUCAAGUAGAUUCACCGAGGUCAUCACUGGUGCAGAUAAGUUCACAAAGGUCCUCACUGGUGCAAAUAGGUUCACAAAGGUCAUCAUUAGUACAGAGUGAUUUGACAUCACCAGAUCAAGCAGUGACAGCUGGUGCAGGUGCUGCAGGAGUGACACAGCAGACAACACAGAAAAGAGAACCACCAUAUCACAAGAUAACAGCUAGAGAAUCCUUAGCUAGUAUCAACCAAAGAUUGGCCAGAAAUACUUACGAAACUGUAGCAGAAACGGUGGCUGAUCUACAGGGAGAAGCUGCAACUUUACCAUUAUUGGAAAACUUCUACGCAACAGUUGAGGGUGGCUCUGGAGAUGGUGUUGUUACUAAUCAAGGUAACCAUGGUAGCAGAAAUAGAUUAAAUCAGUCUCCAAUUAUGGACCAUUAUGCUGAAAUAGGUGCCACAGGAGGACGCUCUCAUAAUGUUCCUGCACCUCCAUCUCUGGACAGUUUACACAUUAUGACCAAAUCAGCUGAUGGAAGACUACCAAAUGGAGCUGGCUCACCUGUAGAAAUGGAGAGUAACUCUAAUCACAGAAGAACCUUGUCUAACCAGGAGACCAUAACUCUUGAUCCUAAUUACCAGACUGUGAGAGACUGUAUUUCUGACAUGGCAGCUUCAUCAGAUCCUAAUUAUGAAAGUGUUCAAGAGGCAGAAUCAAGAAGACCUUUUAGUAUUGUGACAAAACAAAAUGGAACCAAGUUAAUUAGGGACCACUUUUAUGAGGAAGUCAAGCCUGCAAGUGAAGCAGACAACGUGAAAAAAAGAGUUCUGAGGAGUCAUAUGUAUGAAGACAUUGAUGAUGUUAAGGAGCAAAAGAAACAAUUGAAAAAAAAUCCCAAACCUGAUGAUGUAUGGAAAAGAAGAUCUGAUGCAGAAAAUAAUUAAUUGUAUUUAUUUUAAAAAAUAUAAUCAAUUUAACAUUUAACAAAAACUAGUAUAUUAUAAAGAAAUUUAUGGUUGUUUGAGUAAAUAUUUGGUUUUCACAUUUAACAUUUAUAUUUAUUUUGUUGUUGAACAAUGUGUUUGUAUAUUUAAGUAUUUUCGGUAAAGUAUAAGGAUAUUAAAAAAAACUGACAAAUUUGUUUUCUUGAAGAAUAUUAUACUUCUUUGAAAUAGGUUAUGUUAAAUCAAGUUGCUGGGUAGUUAAUAAACUUUGUAUGAUAACCCUCUUAUAGUGUAACAUUCCAUUCACAAUGAUCAUAACUUCUUUCUCUCCAGAGGACAACUUUGUUAUUUGAAGUGACAGUGGACUGUUUGCCAUAAAUUGGGAUUUUUUUUUUGUUAUACAUUAGAUAAUAUUUUGCUGUGCAGUAUAAGCAAUAUGGUUUUGUAUUUAUAAAGGUUGAAAAUUUAUUAUUUAAUUUUUCCUUGAAUUUUAAAAAGUAAUUUUUGUUUAUAUACUUCUUUUUUUAAUAGUUGGUAGUGUUGACAAUUUAUGCUUAAGAUUUGAGUUAUAUCAUUUAGACAGAACUUCAAGGUUGACUGUAAAAUUUAAAAAGUCUCUGAAUCAGAUAUUUUUAUAUUUCUAUUGGAAAGAAACAAGUCCUGGGAUCUUCUAGAUUUUUAAUAAAUGACCCUGUUAGGUAUAUAUAUAUAUAUAUGAGAGAAUGGAGUUAUUUUUUGUGCAUAAAUGCAAAGGCUUUAUGUUCAACAAUCCUUUUUGUUAUGCAAUUCUUAACACCCUUGUCCUGUGGUCUUAGGUGGACAUUGAAAAUGAUCAAAUCACCUUUUUUUUAAACAUUGCAUAAAAGUUAUAACUGAAAAUAUUUGGUUCCUUCAGAAUAUUAGUACAGUAGAUCAAAAUCCAUUUAGACUUACAAGGUUAAGUGUUAUCUGUGAAAAUUUGAUUUUGAAUACAGAUAUUUAAGUUUUUCUAACUGUCAUAUUCACUUAUAACAUGUGUAACAUUGGUUGUUACUUGUGAUAUUUGUUGUUAUUUUUCAAUGUCAUUGCAUCAUCUAUUUAUUUAAAAUUACAUAGGCUAUUCAGACUAUGGUAAAAUGUUGUUUAAGUCCUGUGGGAAUAUGUUUAUUUCAUUUUUAUUUAAGAACAAAAUUGUUUAGGAAGUAUAGAAACUGCAGGUUUAAAUUGAUUGGGUCUGUUUGAUAAUUUGAUGUAGUUAGGGGUGUUUUGAAAAACUUAAAUUAUAAUUUGAUGGAUGGUAGUUUAAAUGAUAAUUUAGCUUAAAAAUAAUGUAGAAUUCAAAAAAAAAAAUAUCUUGAGAAGUUAUGUUUAUUUAAAAUAGUGCUUCUUUACCCUUAAAACUUAUUCAGGAAUGGAAUUGCUCUUUCAAAAUCGAUAUUUAUUUUGUUGGUAUCUACACAAAAUGAUCAGACUGUCUAUAUGGUAAUUAAAUAAAGUACUUUAAAAUUUAGAAGAAAAAAAAACCAGAAUGUAAAGAAAAUUUGGACAUCCAAUCUACUUCAUUUAAAAAGUAGAAUUUUGCAAAAAUGUAGUAAAAGUGUAGUAUGGGAGAAUAUAUUUACUUGUUUAAUCAUUGUAUUUAAAACAUAGAAAAAAAUAAAUAAAUCAUGUUAAAAUUUUAAAAAUAUGACUUAUCUAACAUUUUGAAUUGGAUGUAGCUUUGUGUCAUUUGGCAUUUCAUAUGUGCCCCCAAAAAGUUUUGUGCCACAAACCAUAUUUCGUUUGUGCCAAUUGUACAGGUAAAGAAUAAUCGGUUUUCAGAAAUUUUACAAGAUGCUUUUCAAACUCUUUUUUUUUCAUAGCUGAGAUUAUGUUUCCUGCUGUACAACAUGGUUGUGUUCAUUUUAUUAUUUUACUUUGUAAGUUGUUUUUUUUCUUACAUUUAUAAGACUUGUCUCCAUUCUUCAAUACAAUGUAUGUGUGAUCAUACCAGAUUAAGGAUAUAUUUCUCUGUUUGUCUCAGAUUGAAUUAUGUUCAUCUUGUCUCCUCUUACAUGCCAACAAAUUUAUAAGUGACUUUCAGUUUUGUAUGACAAAUGGACAUGAACUCAUUUAAAUACCCAGGGGGAUGCUAUGUAUAUAAAAACUAUAAGAUAUUUGGGACACUGAUUACAUUAAAUCUCUAAUCUUCAUUUAUAUUUAUACCCAAAAAAUGGCUCAAAAUAAGUAUUUACUUUUGGCACAACUGAAAUAUAACCUUGUGGCACAAAUGAAAUACUGCAUUUCAAUUUUUUUUUUAUAUUUUUGAUGACCAAUGUUCACAGUGUAUUUCAUAUCCUGGUUGCAUCUUCUGUAUUUUUUACAUCAAUAUUUUCAAUGAUUUUAGUUUUUUGCAUAAUAAGUUGUUUUUUGUUUUAUAAGUCUUUUACAAAUGUAAUAUAUUUUUUUUUGGUAAUUUUUUAUGCAUUAAUUUUUUUCUAUGGGAUUCUUUGAUUUACUUUAAAAUCUUUUAUUUUUAUAUUUGAAUAACAUCUUCUCAUUGACAAAUAUUUGAAACAUCACAGGCUGUACUUUUUCUGUGAGACAUAACAAUUUUCUCUUUCCUUUUUUUUAAUACUUUAAAAAUUUUGAUAGUUUCAUGGGAAAUACAAUCAAUUAAUCUUUCCUUAUUUAUUAUGAUAGUGUGGUUAUGAUUUUAAUACUGUAAUAACAUGAUAAAAAUGAAUUUCUUGCUAACUGAAAAAAGUAUUGGUUGUUAAAUCAUAUAGGGGAGAUAAUUCAACUAUUCAUUUUGAAUGUAAAUAUUUUAAGAUUUGGUAUACAUGUACAAAGUCUAUUCAAUAAAUACUGACCUUGGACAGUUUUAGCCCAAUUUGAUAAUAUUGCUUUCAUUUAUUUUAGACAUCUAUUGCAACUUUUGCAAUGACUGAAUGUUGUGAGCAUUGGAUUAACUGAUGAACUUGUAUUUGUAAUGUUGGACUUUAAUUUACUCCUAACUGGUUUCAACUACCACUGGUUGGAGCAGUCUUUUGUCAUUGUUUAGAGUGUGUAAUGAUGUAGAUUCAAUAGUUACAAGUCAUAAGGAAAUAUUUUGUCAGUACAAAUAAAGAGGAUGUGGUAUGAUUGCUAAUGGGACAACUCUCCACCAGACACAUAAUGACGUAGAAGGUUAGCAACUAUAGGUCACCUUACAGCCUUCAACAACAGCAAAGUUAUGGAGGAAUAAUAUUUUUUGUCAUGCCACACUUUUUUGAUCGUUAUAAAGUCCGUGAUAUUCUCAACCUAUAGUUUUUAUACGACCGCAAAAAUUAAAAAUUUUUUGGUCGUAUAUUGGUAUGACGUUGGCGUCGUCGUCGUCGUUGUCGUCGUCGUCGUCGUCUGGCGUCGUCCGGCGUCGUCCGAAGACACAUUGGUUUUCGCACUCUAACUUUAGUUAAAGUGAAUGGAUCUCCAUGAAAUUUUACCAUAAGGUUCAAUACCACGAAAGGAAGGUUGGGAUUGAUUUUGGGGGUUAUGGUACCAUCAGUUAAGGAAUUAAGGGCCAAAAAGGGGCCAAAAAUAAGCAUUUUUGUAACUUCCAGACAAUAACUUGUGUGUAAGUGUAUGGAUCUCUCUGACAUUGUACCACAAGGUUCCAUAUCACAAAGGAAAGGCUGUAAUUGAUUUUGGGGGUAAUUGCCUCAAAAUUUAAGGAAUUAGGGGCCAAAAAAGGGCCAAAAAACAAGCAUUUUUCUAGUUUCAUGACAAUAACUUGUGUGUAAGUGUUUGGAUAUUUCUGAAAUUGUACUACAAGGUUCCAUAUCACAAAGGGAAAGCUGGAAUUGAGUUUGGGGGUAAUUGCCUCCAAUUUUAGGAAUUGGGGGCCAAAAAGGGGCCAAAAAUAAGCAUUUUUCUAGUUUCCAGACAAUAACUUGUGUUCAAGUGUAUGGAUCUCUCUGAAAUUGUACUGCAAGGUACCAUACCACAAAGGGAAGGCUGGGAUUGAGUUUGGGGGUGAUGAAUCAUAAGGGGGUUCAAAAAAUUUUGGGGGGGGGAUUUUUUUUUACUUUUUUUUUCUUUUUUUCCUUUUUUUUUCUUUUAAAAUUUUCCAUUUUAAGUUGGUUAUUUCUGAUUAAUAUUUAAAAGCAAAUAAUAAUGAUAUGGUAGGAGAUACACACCAAACAGGAUGUGUAAAUUAUUAUAUAAUAAGUAUUGUGCAAUAGCAAGAAAUUUUCAAUUGCACAGUAUUGCACAAUAGCAAGAAAUCUUCAAUUGCACAGUAUUGCGCAAUAGCAAGAAAUCUUCAAUUGCACAGUAUUGCGCAAUAGCAAGAAAUAUCCAAUAGCACAAUAUUGCGCAAUAGCAAGAAAUUGUCAAUUGUACAGUAUUGCGCAAUAGCAAGAAAUAUUCAAUUGCACAGUAUUAUGCAAAAGAAGAUACUUCGUAUAAAUUGCUUAUUUCUUGAUCAAUUUCAAUGGGUUUUUAUUCUUGAAUUCUUGGGGUUCUUUAAUAUGCUGAAUCUAACCGUGUAUUAAAUUUUUGGAUUUUGGGCCCCGUUUUUAAAUUGGUCCACAUUGAGGUCCAAAGGGUCCAAAAUUUAACUUUGUUUGAUUUCAUCAAAAAUUGAAUUAUUGGGGUUCUUUGAUAUGCCGAAUCAAACCGUGUAUUUAGAUUCUUAAUUUUUGGUUCCGUUUUCAAAUUGGUCUACAUUAAGGUCCAAAGGGUCCAAAAUUAAACUUAGUUUGAUUUUAACAAAAAUUGAAUUUUUAGGGUUCUUUGAUAUGCUGAAUCUAAACAUGUAUUUAGAUUUUUGAUUAUGGGCCCAGUUUUCAAGUUGGUCCAAAUCGGGGUCCAAAAUUAAACUUUGUUUGAUUUCAACAAAAAUUGAAUAUAUGGGGUUCUUUGAUAUGCUGAAUUUAACCAUGUAUUUAGAUUUUUGAUUUUUGGGCCCCGUUAUCAACUUUGUCCACAUUGAGGUCAGAAGGGUCCAAAAUUAAACUUUGUUUGAUUUCAUCAAAAAUUGAAUUCUUGGGGUUCUUUGAUAUGCUGAAUCUAACCAUGUAUUUAGAUUUUGGAUAUUGGACCAUAAUAGGUGAAUGUCCAAUUUAAAAUUUUUAAGUUCUUAGACCACAUUCAUUCUGUGUCAGAAACCUAUGCUGUGUCAAAUAUUUAAUCACAAUCCAAAUUCAGAGCUGUAUCAAGCUUGAAUGUUGUGUCCAUACUUGCCCCAACUGUUCAGGGUUCGACCUCUGCGGUCGUAUCAAGCUGCGCCCUGCGGAGCAUUUUAUUGUAUGAUAAAAUGAAUUGCAAUGAAUUUUUAUUGACAUCACCGGUGGUUUAAACAAUUCUUAAAUGGUUAUAAGAACGAUUUAUUUGUAUUUAUGACAUGGUAGUUUUUAUUAAAAACAAUAUGUUCAACAAAUAAAUCAUAUUCUACAAAAUGUGACAAUGAUUAGUCUGUACUAUGUCCAGUUCUACAAACUGUUUAUACCAACAUUUAUAUAAUAUAAGUUUAUUUUGCACAAUAUUUUUGAAUAUGUCAUAAGGUCUACAAUUGUAAAUCUUAAGACUUAAAAGUAUGUAAUUCUCUGUUAUAGUAAAUUUUGAAAUUACUGCUUGUAUUUAUUGUUGGAACUGUUCAGUGAACAAAAAUGUAAGACUAUUGACAAUUAAAAUUUAAAAUGCCAGUUUUGAUUUGUGUGAUACUAAUUCUUAAGCAUGUUUUGCAUCUAAUAUAAAAAAAAUCAGAAUUAUUUCUAAAAAUAACCUGAAAUAUUGGCAUUUUAUAAUGACCUUUUAUUUGUAUUGAGUAAGGCACCAUAAAGUAUUUUUUAUACCAUUUAUAUGGACAUUUUAUUGAAAUCUUCAUGAAUCCCUAAGAUUACUUAUCAAAAUGAAAACCUAUUACGGAAAUUUAAUUAAAGAUAAUAUUAAUGUACAUUUCCAUGAAUCAUUAGUAGUGAAGAUUAAAAUACUGGACAACUACAGUUCUCUGCGACUACAAAAAAUCAUCAGGAAAUCAUGCAGCAUUUAUGCUAUCUUCUACAAAAAAAGCUGUUUUAUUGAAAAAUGCAUUCCAACCGAAGCAACAAACUAAAAUCAUGUCCAGAAAAGAAUCUAUUAGAAUUUUGUUAUAUAUGGCUACUUUUAAGUGCCUUCCUGGAGAUCCAAGUAUUUUUUUAAUGGGACACUUGGCAUCAUUUGAUCUUCCCUAUUUUAUAGCAGCAAAUUUUCAACUAGCCUAAAACACUCAGCUAUUACUAGUUGCUUGAGAUAGUACCUAGUGAUUUUGUUUGAAAGUUGUAUAAGAUCCAAAUUUUUGGCCAAAAAAUCAAUUUAAUUGACUCAGUAAAAAAAUGGCCAGAAAAGUCAGAAUAUGAAAUAAAUCAAAUUUUGUUGAUAAGCUAAGAAUUAAAUAUUAUCAUAUUUAUGAUUUGUAUCAAAGUAGUUAAUUAUAGAUCUGUCAGUUUUGUCUAAACUGGAUUGUAGAAAUUAUCAAGUUUUCAAUUUGUGCAACUUAAAAAUAACAUUAUAAAUGAAAUGGCCUCCACUAAGAACAAACCGUUUUUUUUUUGUCAUUUAGUGAGAUGGGAAGAUGACAGUUCAAAGGUAAUGCUGCAACCAUAAAACAUUGAUUAACAAAAAUCCAAAUUUUUAUAUAGUAGAAUUAGAUUUACUACUUUCCAUGGUCAAGUAAAAAAUUUAUAUCUUGGAUAUAUAACACUUUGUUUUUUACGGAUAAAUACGGAUAUAUUAACACUUUGCAAUGAUUCAAUUUUAGCAUGGUUUAUUUUGUUUCUGAUACAAAAUAAGUUCUUUGUUCUGAUCUGUGUUGUCAAGUUUUUCAUAAAGUUGAACCUAUGGCUAGUGAUUAUUGAUAAUUUAAAUACCUACUUUAGAGUUGCCAUGGAUGAAUGUAAAGUGCAAUAACCAGCAUCUACACAUAUGUAUUGCUUUAAGUAAGAAAUAGAUAGAAUUGUAUCUAGAGUUAAUGUUGUGACAAACUUAAUGCAUCUGUAAUUAAUUAAUGUUUGGUUUCAAUUUUAACCAGACAUGGUAGUUUUAUUUAUUUAUUUGUAGUUUUAGUAUUGUAUUUAUAAAUGUUCAUUGAAAAUGAAUUCAUAGUUGUUUUUUAUUGAAAUUAUUUUGUUGAUUUGGGUUGUUUGUUUUUUUUCGUUAGCUGACCAACCAUUAAAUAAAUCAUUUUAUAAGAAUGUAACUUAUCUUAGUUUUUUAAGUUUUCAUUUCAAGUAAAAAAAGAAAGUCUCUCUGAUUAUGUCUGUAUACAUCUCAUAGCUUUGGUAACCAGAUGUUAUGGUCAAAAAAAUAGUUUUUAAUGCUUUUAAAAAAUAAUUAUAUGUAUGUACAUAAUGUAUAUAUACAUAUUUUGUUAAAUAUUACGUUUUAUAAUGGGAGAUAACUCCAAAUGUCCUGUACAAUUAGCUGUUGACAGGUACUGAAGAGUGACACCCACCACAGUCAUUUGGUCCAAUAGGAUUUAUUUCAUAAAUAUUAUAAACAGUUCAAAGUUCUUCAAUGGUUUAGCUUCAUUUGGCAUUGUAAAACUUAAUAGUUAUAUUGGAAUUUAUGAAUUUGUAUUUUUGUUUUUUUUAUUUUUUGUUGUUUUUUUUAAAUAGAGUUCACAUUUUGUAUUUGAAAAAAAAGUUCUUGACCUAUUCCUGAUGAUGUGAGGCAAGUUGUUUUGGAUUUCCAAGGUGUAUUGAUAGAUCUAUUGCAAUACAAUGUUUGUAGACAGUCUUUUUAGUGUUUUAGCUUUACAUAUCAAUAAGUUCCUAUUUAUACAAUUAUGUUCAUUUUCCAUUAAUCAGAAUUUCAUUCAUAAGAAUAGAUUGAUAUUAUUGAGAAUAUCAUUAUUGUUAUCAGUCUUUAAUUGAUGUAAUCCAGGAAUAAAACUGAAUAAAACACAAAUUUUGAUAGUA